ACAAGUCCCCGCCAUAAAACCAGCUCAUAAACCUCAUCAGGCCCAAUGCUGAAUGAGCCGAGAUAAAGUCCAUCUAAUCAAUACGAUAAGAUAAGUCAGUGAAACUUUGUCCAGAACUUGGUGCUUUCAGAGAACUGAAAAAGGAGGUGGGAUCUCCUGUGAGUUAAAGGCUGAGCUGAAGGACGGGGUCAGUCCAUAUCUGCGCGGCGUUCAUCAUGCUCCGGGCUGCAAGUCUCUGCGUCCUCUGGGCCUCUUUUGUCCUCGGAGUCCCGGUGACUAAAGAGAGACAGAAGGUGCUGCUCGUGUCCUUCGACGGGUUCCGGUGGGACUACGACCGUGAUGUGGACACGCCGAACCUGGACCAGAUGGCCAAGGAUGGAGUCAAGGCCCAAUAUGUCACCCCUCCCUACCUCACCAUCACCAGUCCCACACACUUCACCCUCCUCACAGGCCGCUACAUUGAGAACCACGGGGUGAUCCACAACAUGUGGUUCAACACCACCACCUCGGAGAAGAAGACCUACUAUUCGACUCAGUUUGUGAACGAGUGGUGGGACAACGGCACGCUGCCGAUCUGGAUCACAGCGCAGAAACAGGGUCUGAAAGCUGGCUCCCUUCACUUCCCCGGCACGGCUUCCAGUUACCAGGGACAGGUCGCCAUGAUGCGCGAAGUGGAGCCCUUCCUUUACGACUACAAGAAUGAGACCAAGUGGCACGUGAACACGGACAAGGUGAUGGGCUGGUUCAGAGAUCAGGACCUGGACUUUGUGUCUUUGUACUUCGGCGAACCAGACGGCACGGGCCACAAAUACGGGCCCGACUCGCCAGAACGCAGAGAGAUGGUGAAGCAAGUGGACAGGACGGUGGGCUACAUCCGAGACUCGGCUGAAAGGCACGGCCUGACCAAACGACUGAACCUCAUCAUCACGGCCGACCACGGCAUGACCACCGUCUUCCGUGGUCCUCAGGUGGAACAAAUCACCCUGUCGAAGAUCCCGGGCUUUCGCUUCAGCGAUGUGUCCUUCCAGCUGCUGGACUACGGACCGUCUGGGAUGCUGCUGCCCAAGCCCGGAAAGCUGGAGACGGUCUACAAGGCCCUGAAGGGGGCUCACCCACACCUGCAUGUGUACAAGAAGGAGGAGAUGCCUGAGCACCUUCGCUUCUCAAAGAAUGACCGCAUCCUGCCCAUCGUUUUAUGGACGGACCCUGGAUACGUCCUCAAUGGGAUUUUCCCCGUUCAGUUCAACAAAGGAGAGCACGGCUUUGACAACCAGGAGAUGGACAUGAAGGCCUUCUUCAGGGCCGUGGGUCCGGCUUUCCACAGGAACCUGGUGGUGGGGCCCUUUGAGACGGUGAACAUCUACCCGCUGAUGUGUCACCUGCUGGGCAUUGAGCCCGAGCUCAACGACGGCCACCUGAGCGCCACACAGCACAUGCUGGUGGCGAGCCAUCGAGCGGACGGUGGAAAUGUGAAUUACUGGAAAAACGGCUUCAUUGGAUUGUCCGCAGUAGCUGGAUUUCUGCUCUUGGUUUUCAUAGUUACAAUAUCACACAGCUUCUUCAAAAGAAAACAAAAGAAUCAAAGAUCGGAGGGUUUGCCAGAAAAUGAGACAAAACAAACUCCCCUUUGAUCAUCACAUAAAGAAAACUUCUUUUCUUAAUCCUGGUCUGAGAAAUGUCCACCUGGGGACAUUUUACCAUCAUUUCCUGCACUGCAGAAAUCCCAAAACGGCCCAUAAGUGGAGCUGUGGGUAGAAAAUCACAGAGUUCUCGACAAAGAGCACUAAUUACGAAAUGUGGAAAUAAAUACACAAAGAAGCUAUUUAGUUUCAAUCUAUGUGAGACUCCAACCCGUGUAUAUUUUGGAUUAUAAUGGUGCAUUUUUUUCAAAAUGAAUUAAUUUAUUUGCGCUGUAAAAUAAAGUUGUAAUUAAACUAUGUCAGUUAUUUUGUUUUAUUAACAAAAAGCCUCAGUGGUACAGAUGUCUGCACUGAAUGAAUGAAUCAGCAUUUU